AUGUCGAUUCAAACCAGCAGAGAAGCCGAGACCGGCCCAGUGCAAGAUUCCAAAGACAUCAAACUCCUCGAUGACGAAGUCCUAGCCAUCUCUGCCGCAGGAGAGGUUCGACAAGUCUCAGCCUCCAUGGCCAUCGACCCGGCCGCUGAGCGACGGCUGGUGAGGAAGUUCGAUUUCCGUAUCCUGCCUACGCUGGCGGUCAUGUACUUGUUCAACUCCUUGGACAAGUCGAAUCUUGGAAACGCCAAAACCGCCGGGCUAGAGAAGACAUUGCACCUCACCGGUGACGAUUACAACCUCCUUCUGUCCAUCUUCUUUGUUCCCUACGUCCUCACCGCUCCUUUCCUUGGCAUCAUGGGCAAGAAAUUUGGUCCCAGCAGGGUCUUGCCCGUCAUGAUGCUGAGCUUCGGAUUUUUCACCCUGAUGGUGGUGGCUGUGCAGAAUUUCGCAGGGCUCUUUGCCAUACGCUGGUUUCUCGGCAUGGCAGAGUCGGCCUUUUUCCCGCUGGUGAUCUACUACCAAACGACCUUCUACAGGCGCGGCGAGCUUGCCCGGCGCCUGUCCAUCUUCUACGCGGCAUCCUCAAUCGCUUCGGCUUUCGGUGGCCUGUUAUCUUACGGGGUCUUCCAGAUCGAUUCCGGGAGCCUCGCGAAUUGGAGAUAUCUCUUCGUCAUCGAAGGAGGCUGUUCGAUGCUUUUUGCCAUUUUUGCGUUUUGGUUCCUGCCAUACAGCGCGCAACGUGCCACAUUCCUGACCGAAGAAGAGAAACAGCUGGCCUUCUAUCGGAUCCAGGUGGAUUCCUCCUCGGUGGUGGGAGAAAAGUUCAAUCUCCGAUCAGCCAUUGGUAUUUUCAAGCAUCCGACAAGCUGGAUCAUUCUUGGGAUCGAGAUUUGUCUCGGUGUUCCCUUGCAGUCCGUUUCACUGUUCCUGCCUGUUAUCAUCAAGCGGCUUGGCUAUAGCACUGUGAAAACCAACCUCUACACUGUGGCCCCGAAUGUCUCAGGCGCGGCGAUGUUGCUUAUCCUGUCGUUCGCCUCAGAUCUAACUCGACUGCGAUUCCCAUUCGUGGCGCUUGGUUUCGCCUUUACCUGCAUCGGCUUUAUCAUCUAUGCAACUGUCGAUAUUACCUCACAAUUGAACGUGGCAUACUUUGCCUGCUUCAUGAUGACAUGGGGGACCAGUGCACCCUCUGUGCUCCUUGAUGUCUGGUACAACAACAACAUCGCCGAUGAGAACAAGCGCAUGAUGCUUACCAGUAUUGGAGUUCCCGUGGCCAACCUCAUGGGUGUGGUGUCCAGCAACAUCUUCCAGGCCAAGGAUGCGCCAAAAUAUCUGCCUGCAUUGAUCACAACCGCUGUUUUCGGCGCUUGCGGAUUCUUUUUGACCUUGCUCCUGGGCGCUUGGAUGAUUAUCGACAACAAGAGGCGUGAUAGGAGGGAUGGGAGAACAAUCAAGGCUAUUGAGAUUCCAUCUGAGCUCCUUGCUGGGGGUCCAAACAGCCCUCAAUAUCGCUGGUUUUACUGA